AUGGGAUAUUCAGCACACACCCAAGAGCCCAUUGCCAUCGUAGGCUCGUCGUGUCGCUUCCCCGGCGGCGCCAGCUCGCCGUCGAAGUUAUGGGAGCUUCUGGAGCAGCCCCGGGAUGUGCUGAGGGAGUUUGAUCCCGAGCGCCUCAACCUGGACCGCUUCCACCACGCCAACCCGGAGAUGCACGGGUCCACCAAUGUGGUCAACAAGUCAUAUAUCCUCGAAGAAGAUACACGGCUCUUCGACGCGUCCUUCUUCGGCAUAUCGCCCAUCGAGGCAGCGGGCAUGGACCCGCAGCAGCGGCAGCUACUGGAGACGGUCUACGAGGCGUUCGAGACUGCCGGGCUGACGCUGGAGCAGCUGCGCGGCUCACUGACAUCGGUGCACGUGGGCACCAUGACCAACGACUGGACCGUCAUCCAGCUGCGCGACCCCGAGACGCUGCCGCAGUAUACGGCCACGGGCACGUCCAACAGCAUCGUCUCGAACCGCAUCUCAUACGUCUUCGACCUCAAGGGGCCCUCGGUCACCAUCGACACGGCCUGCUCAAGCUCGCUGGUGGCGCUGCACCAGGCGGUGCGCGGCCUGCUUGACGGCGACAGCGAGGCCGCCGUGGUCGCGGGCGUCAAUAUGAUCCUGGACCCCACGCUGUACAUCACCGAGUCGAAGCUGCACAUGCUCUCGCCCGACGCGCGCUCGCGCAUGUGGGACAAGGACGCCAACGGGUAUGCGCGCGGCGAGGGAACUGCGGCGCUGGUGCUCAAGACGCUGUCGCGGGCGCUGGCCGACGGCGAUGCCAUCGAGGCCAUUGUGCGCAGCUCGGGCGUCAACUCGGACGGCCAGAGCCAGGGCAUCACCAUGCCGAGCGCGCUCACGCAGGCCGCCCUCAUCGAGCGCACGUAUCACCAGGCCGGCCUCGACCCGCGCCUGCGCGAAGACUGCCCGCAGUAUUUUGAAUGCCACGGCACCGGCACGCCUGCGGGCGACCCAGUCGAAGCGCGCGCCAUCAGCGAUGUGUUUGGUGGCAGCGCCACACCCGCAGAGCCCCUGUUUGUGGGGUCCAUCAAGACGGUUGUGGGUCAUCUCGAGGGCUGUGCGGGGCUGGCCGGCGUCAUGAAGGUGCUGCUCGCCAUCAAACACCGCGUCAUCCCUCCCAACCUCCACUUCACAGAACUUAACCCUGCAAUUGCGCCCCACUAUAAGCCGCUGUGCAUCCCCACUGCGGCCCGGCCCUGGCCGGCCCUCCCGCCUGGCGCGCCCGCACGUGCCAGUGUGAAUAGCUUUGGCUUUGGCGGCACAAACGCACACGCCAUCAUCGAAAGCUUUGAGGACGUGUCGCCGCGAUGCUCUGCCGAUCGGCGAGACAGCGCCCUGGGCCCGCUUCUGUUCUCUGCGGCCUCGGGGCCAUCGCUACUGCGGACCGUCCAGUCGCACUUGGCUCAUCUCAAAGCCCACCCAGAGCUCCCUCUCGCAGACCUGGCUGCGCUUCUGCAGACGCGCCGCACGACGCACAGGGUGCGCGCGCACUUCUCGGGCGCGUCGCGGGACGACAUCCUGACAUCGAUGGAGCAGUGGAUCGAUGCCAAUCAAAAGGCGCGCGGCGAUGCGAUAGGAUACCAGCCGCGACUGGUGAACCCUAAGGAGGCCCCCGGCGUCCUCGCCGUCUUCACCGGUCAGGGCGCACAGUGGCCCGGCAUGGGACAGGAACUGCUGCAGCGGUCGCCUGUCUUCCGUGCGACCAUCGAGGAGUGCGAAGCCAUUCUCCAGUCGCUGCCUGCAGGCGAGGCACCGUCGUGGUCUUUGAUCGGAGAGCUGACCGCAGACGCGUCCACGUCGCGACUGGGCGAGGCUGCCAUUGCACAGCCCCUCUGUACGGCGGUGCAGCUCGGUCUUUGUGAUCUCCUGUUCGCGAGCGGCGUACGUUUCGAUGCCGCUGUUGGCCACUCGUCGGGCGAGAUCGCUGCCGCGUACGCAAGCGGCAUCAUCAACCGCACGGGCGCUAUGCAAAUCGCCUACUACCGCGGCUAUCACGCGAAGCUCGCGACCGGUGCGCAGGGCCAGCGAGGUGGCAUGAUGGCAGUCGGCUUGCCGCUGGACAAGGCUAUGCUAUUCUGCGGGCGUCCACAGUUCAAGAACCGUUUGCAGGUAGCAGCAAGCAAUGCGCUCCAGAGCGUGACCCUGUCUGGCGACAUGGACGCCAUCGAGGAAGCAAAAAGCGUCUUUGACGCCGCAGGCACAUUCGCCCGUAUGCUCAAGGUUGAUACGGCAUACCACUCACACCACAUGCUCCCAUGUGCCGAGCCGUAUCUCAAGUCCAUCCUUGCGUGUGACAUCCAGGUCCGGCCGCCGGCGCUGGGCAGAUGCAUCUGGAACUCGAGUGUGCGCGGCGACACGGAACUCCUCAAAGGUGAUUUGAGCGAUCUAAAGGGCCCUUAUUGGGUCUCUAACAUGGUCAAGACUGUCUUGUUCUCCCAAGCCGUCGAGUCGUCCAUUUGGCACGGCGGGCCCUUUGACCUGGCCAUCGAAAUCGGACCACAUCCCGCUCUCAAGGGUCCGGUCGAGCAGACGCUCAAGGCCGUCUACGGCUCCGUUCCGCUGUACACGGGUGUUCUGAAGCGGAGCGGGAGCGAUGUGGAGGCCUUUUCGGCGUCCAUAGGCACGGCCUGGUCCCAGCUAGGUCCCUCCUACAUUGACUUCGCCGGCUACCACAGUGCGUUUGGCGAUAAUGCACAGCUGCGGGCGUCCGAUACGCUCAAGGACUUGCCAUCGUACGCCUGGGAUCACGAUCAGAUCUACUGGAGGGAAUCCGCCAUCUCGAGGCGGUACCGCACAGGACGCGACAAGGGUAACGAGCUGCUGGGCAGGCGUGUCACCGACGACAAUGAGCGCGAGAUGCGCUGGCGCAACUUGUUGCGCCUGACUGAGAUGCCUUGGCUCCGUGGCCAUGAGGUUUUGGGUGAAGUCCUCCUUCCCGGCGCCGCCUACGUGUCUUUUGCCAUUGAGGCUGGCAAUCAGAUCGCAAAGACGUCCGGCCGUGUGCUCAGCAUGGUCGAGGUCGAGAAUGUGCAGAUCCUACGCCCUGUCGUCGUACCCGACGACAAAGACGGCGUCGAGACCCUCUUCACAACCCGUGUCGUCAACGGUGCCAGGCUGAGUAGCAUGCUGCAAGCUGAGUUCUCAUACUACGUCUGCAUAGACGCCGCCAUGGGGACCAUGGUCCACGCUUGCACCGGCAAUCUGGUCAUUCACUUCGGUGAAGACGUCGAGGAAGAGUCAGUGCUACCAAGCCGAGAUGUCGCUCGGAAGCAUCACACCAUCGACGUCGAUUGCAAUCGUAUCUACUCGAUGUUCUCCGAACUCGGACUCGAGUACUCUGGGCCGUUCCGUGCCUUGACGGAAAGCAGUCGAUCUCACAACUAUGCCACCGCCACAGGCACCUGGGAUAGCGACACGCUCAGCAGCGACAUCCUGAUGCACCCUGCACUGCUUGACGUUGCUUUUCAGACCCUUCUCCUUGCCCGCGCCCAUCCAGCUAGUGGCCAGACCACUGCAGCACUGUUGCCCUCGCACAUCGAUCGCGUGCGAAUCGCCCCCUCGAUAUCUCGACAGGGCUCGUCUGGCGACACUACUCGCGUCGACUUUGAAAGUUGGGCACUCGAUUCCAGCGCUGGUUCGCUAAAGGGUGACAUCAACGUCUACGAUAUCACGUCACAUCACACUUUAGUGCAAGUCGAGGGCCUGAUGCUCAGCCUUGUCGGUGAACAGGACCCUUCACGUGACCGACAGGUGUUUGCAAAGACGAUCUGGGAACCUGACAUGGCCUUGGGUCUACCGAUUCCAGAACGCGACGCCACAGAGGACGCCAAGUUGUUGCAGCUUACCGAGGAUCUCGAGCGCGUGGCUUUCUACUACGCCCGUCGUCUUGCCAAUGAGACGGCAACCGACGACCAGAGCAAAUACCAGUGGUACCACCGACGCAUGCUGGAAGCGAACAGCCUGCACUUGGCACUGGCAGCAAAGGGAGAGCACCCUGUCCUGCGCAAGGAGUGGUUGACGGACGGCCCGGAAUUAAUCAAAGCCAUGGAAGCAGCCCAUCCCAACGAUGUCCAGCUCCAAAUGCUCAAUGCCGUUGGAGGUAAAUUUUUGCAGAUUGUCCGGGGAGAGUUGUCGCAGUUGCAGGUCAUGACCAAGGACGACUUGCUGAACCGAUUCUUCAUGGAGGACCGGGGCUGUAUCCGCGUGAACCAGUUCCUUGCCACCACACUGCGCAACAUUACCUUCAAGUAUCCCCGGUGCAACAUCCUUGAGAUCGGUGCCGGUACCGGUGGGACUACUUGGAGCGUGCUCAAUGCCAUCGGUGACGCCUAUGCGUCGUACACAUUCACCGAUAUCUCGUCGGCUUUCCUCCCUGCCGCUGCCGACAAGUUCGCCAAAUUCGCCCACAAGAUGAUCUUCAACACUCUGAACGUCGAAAAGGACCCAGCGGAGCAGGAUUACAUUCCCCAUUCUUACGACGUCGUCAUCGCAGCCAAUGUUCUGCACGCUACGGCGAAUCUAGAGAGAACAAUGCGCCAUGUACGUUCAAUGCUUCGUCCGGGUGGCUAUCUCUUGUUGUUCGAGACCACGGGCGUGCAGAACCUCAGCAUCCCCUUUAUCUUCGGCGGCCUUCCCAGCUGGUGGCCUGGGGAGGAGCCAGAGCGCCGGCUGAUGCCUAUCGUGCCGACACUGCGCUGGGACUCGAUCUUGCAAGACACUGGCUUUUCGGGUCUCGACAUGGUCAUGCAUGACAUCGCGGAUGAGUUCAAACAUACGACAGCGUUGCUAGUCACGCAGGCUGUUAACAACAGCAUAGAUCUCCUCCGCGAGCCUCUUGCCGAUAUACAAUCAAUCUCAGCGCCUGCUGGGGGACUGUUGCUGAUCGGUGGCAAGAAGCUCCCCACUGCUAGGAUACUCAAUGAUAUCCAGAAACAACUGCCGCGUGCCUGGAAGAAGUAUGUACAGACCAUCACCAGCGUCGAUGACAUGGACGAGUUGCCCGACCUUGAUCCUGGCGUCGAUGUCAUUUGCUUGCACGAUCUCGACGUGCCACUGUUCACGUCCACCAUGACAGCACCGCGUCUAGCCGCGCUGCAGAGCCUGCUCAUGAAGGCUCGCAACUUACUCUGGGUGACUGGUGCCACUACCGGUAAGUCCCAUACACCACGUGCCGCAAUGAUCCAUGGAGUUGCUCGAGUGGCUCCUGUCGAGAUGCCGCAUCUACACAUGCAGGUUCUCGGUCUUGAGGCCAAAUUGCCCGUCGCAGCAUCUGCCCGUCACUGUCUCGAGGCUUUCCUGCGUCUGAGGGUGGCUUCAGAAGCUUCAGACCAGGACGAGACUGAGGGCGAACUCAUGUGGGCCACAGAGCCUGAAGUCGAGGUCGUGGACAACCGACUUAUGAUCCCACGCGUGGUAUCGGACGAGACAAUGAAUGAAGGCUUGGCGGCGUCGACGCGCACAUUUACCAAAACAGUGGACGCCACCAACCUGCCUGUCCAGGCAAUUCAAAGGCCGACGAGGAUGAUACUUCAAGCUGCCGAUGAUGUUGGCGGCGCAGCUGCCCGCACCGGUAUUCAAGUUCAGUACGCACUGCACAUUCCGGCCGUGACAGGGAACGCACUCUAUCUUGUCUGCGGAACAAGCACUUCUUCCGGCUCGCCACUAGCCAUAGCACCCGAGGCCUGCACGCCAGCCGCUCUAGUGGCCACUGCAGAUCAACUGAUGCAGGAAGCCGUUGCCACACUCGCAACGCCCAACCAGCCCGCACUUUUCUAUGGCGCCGUUGCCUCUACGGCAAAUGCCUUAGCCGCCAAACUCGCAAUGCAGGGCGUUCAUGCCUACUUUGCCACCUCGGAUUCCAGCGCUCCUGAUGAUUGGAUAAAGCUCCACGAACGGUCUUCAAAGCGUAUGAUCGAACGGGCCGUCCCGCACGGCAUCGCAUUGUACGUUGACUGCUCCAACUCGUCGGCCAUGGGUACCCAAGUCUCGUCGCUUGCACGGGAGCUCUAUGUCGUUGAUUGGAGGAAGCGCGAGUCACUUGAACUGACGACUGCCCCUCUCGAUACCCAGGGCCUAUUCCGUCCCGACCGAACCUAUCUCAUGGUAGGCGCAGCGGGCGGUCUCGGCUUGUCCCUCUGCAAGUGGGCACUGGCGCACGGCGCAAAAUACAUGGUGAUCACAAGUCGCAAUCCAAACAUCAACCCAGCCGAGCUCGAGGAUGCACACCGCGCAGGCGCGACAGUCCAAGUGCUCCGCAUGGAUGUCACGAGCAGGGAAUCAGUCGACGGUGUGAUCAAGCAGGUUCGCGACACCAUGCCGCCUAUCGCAGGCGUGUGCAACGCAGCCAUGGUGCUUUCCGACAAGCUGUUCCUCGACAUAACGCCCGAACAACUGAAUGGCACACUCGCGCCCAAGGUGGACGGAAGCGAGAACCUUGACGCGGCCUUCGGCGAUGAGCCUCUCGACUUCUUCAUCAUGCUCUCGUCGUCGGCCACGGUGCUGGGAAACAUUGGCCAGGCCAACUACCACAUUGCCAACCUAUACAUGGCCAGUCUAGCAGCUAAUCGACGUGCUCGGGGGCUCUCGGGCUCCAUCAUCCAUGUAGGACACAUCACCGACGUCGGUUACGUCGUCGAGUCAAAGGACCGCUCUGCCGCCCUUGAAGAGCAUUUCCGCAGCAUCCGUCUCAUGCCUUGUUCCGAGACAGACGUCCACCAUGCCUUUGCCCAGGCUAUACGAAGUGGACGUAUGGGCAGCGAUAUUUCACCCGACAUCAUCAUGGGCGUUGAGCCGGCUGCCGCGCCCGUAGCACCCGAUGCCGCCCAGGCUGCGGAAUCCAAGGUCCAUUGGUUCACGAACCCACGUCUAGGUCAUCUUGUGCCAACCGAGAACCAGAAUCGGACGGACAACGGAUCAGGCGGACAUUCUGGAGUCGGCGCGGGCAGCUUGAAGCAUCAGGUGUUGGAGGCCGACUCCAAGGAACAGGCCCUGACAGUGGUGUUGGAGGCUUUCGGUACCAAGCUGGAGGCCAUUCUGCAGCUAGCAACUGGGCGCGCUGUUGAGAAUGCCAGCCGUCCCAUCAUCGACCUUGGUAUCGACUCUCUUGUGGCCGUGGAGAUCCGCAAAUGGUUUCUGAGCGAGCUGGGUGUUGAUAUUUCUGUAGUCAAGGUCUUGGGCGGCGAUAGCAUCAUGCAGAUUUGCACCACCGCUGUAAGAGAAGUACUGACCAAACGGGUCAAGAAGGACGGCGAAAAGGGGGCAAGACCCAUGAGAAAGGACGAAGCUAUGGUUAUCCCUCGCAACCCUUCCCCUGAAGUUGCUGUUACCAGCAUCGCGGAUGCGGGCUCUGUCCAAGAGCAUCAGCCAGAGACAACCAGCAGCAGAGCCACCAGCAUAAUGGAAAGAGACGAUGGUUCGGAAGAUUCGACUACGGCUAUUCAAGACGACAACUCCACUGAAAGUAGUGUAUCAACUCCGGCAUCGGUCAAUGGCACGGCUUCACCGAAAACCGCAGCCUUCCAAGAUGAAAAAGCGCCAAAGUACAACGAGGUGAGGGGAAAACAGGACACCAUUGCGACUGGCAAGCCCAAGCUGAUUCGCCAAGAACGCAUGUCACGAGCUCAAGCAAGAAUAUGGUUUCUAAGUAAGCAUCUCGAAGACCCGACAGCGUACAAUAUGGUGUUCCACUAUCGAGUGUCCGGACCCCUGAACAUGGUGCGCCUGCGCCAUGCGCUGAAGGUGACAACACAGCACCAUGGAUGCCUACGAAUGUGCUUCUACCAGCGUAUUGGCGAUGGGUACCCCAUACAGGGCCUCAUGCCCUCCUCUGUCUACGAGCACGAGCACAUACCCGACGCAACUGACGACGACCUUCGGCGUGCGAUGAACGAGCUCAAGACGCGCGUUUGGGACCUCGAAGCAGGACGCACCUUCAAACUCACUGUACUGAGUCGCGAGUCAGAGCAAGUACACGACUUCGUCAUUGGAUACCAUCACAUCCUCACUGACGUUAUCGGUCUAUCGAUAUUGCUCAAGGAUCUCGACCGCGCGUACCGCAUGCAGCCACUGGACAAGACCACAGGUGCCGCCUCGCACCUGGAUUACACGCUGCGAGAGUCGGAGCAGGAGCUCGCAGGCGCGAACGACGAGCGCCUUGCUUAUUGGCGCUCUGAGUUUGCCGUCUUUCCAGAGCCGUUGCCCGUUCUGCCACCAUCAACCUUGCGUGCACGCCCAGCUCGAAGGGUCGAUGGACCGGCCAAAAAGCUUCACAGCGAAUAUCGCACGCUGACUUCGUCCCAGACGGCAGCGAUCAAGUCGACAUGUGCAAAGUUAAGCAUCACUCCCUUUCAUCUUUAUCUAGCCGUCUUUCAGAUCAUGUUGGCACGAAUGGCAGGUUCUGAUGAUGUGUGCGUGGGCGUGGUUGACGCGAACCGCGGACACGACGAGGCAGCGGCUGGCAUAGUCGGCUGCUUCGUGAAUAUACUGCCAGUACAGGCACAUAUUGAGGCGCAAGGAAAGUUCAGCAGCAUUGCGCGAGCAGUAUCGCGAAAGGCUCUCGCAGCGUUUGCGCAUGCCGGAGUGCCUUUUGAGGUCCUCCUCGACGCCCUGAAUGCGCCUCGUUGGGCCGACGGGGAGACGCCCCCCUUGUUCCAGGCAUCUCUGAAUUAUCGCGCCGCUGGCUGGGGAGAGCAACCCCUGGGCACUGACUGCCGUAUGAUGCUGACUCUCGACGACGGAAAGGAUGCAGAGCCCCCUUAUGACAUCAACCUUGGCGUUAUGGACAUGGGCGAUGGGUUCGCCAUUGAUCUGCACUGCCAGAGCUCGCUAUAUAAUGCUGAAGCGACGACUGAGAUGACGGAUAUGUAUCUGCGUCUCAUCGGGGCGUAUACAGUUGACCCAGACAUGGGCAUCGACGAAUGCUCACUCCACGAUGAAGAGCAGGUCCGUCAGGCUAUCGCUUUGGGAAAGGGCGCAGAGACCAACUUCGGCUGGCCUGCAACACUUUCACAGCGCGUUCUCGAUAUGAGUCGCCUUUAUGCCGGAGACCCAGCUGUUACCGACGGCUGCACAACUAUAUCAUAUGCAGAGCUCGCAGCCCGGGUAGCCGGCGCAUGCGAUACCCUUGUUGCUGCGGGAUGCGUCGUGGGAGAUCGCGUUGCCUCGCUGUGCGAACCAUCGGUCGACUCUGUGGUUUCUAUGCUAUCCAUCCUUCAGGCCGGCUGCAUCUAUGUGCCGCUGGACACCAGUUUGCCAGUCGCUCGAAUGGCGACCAUGAUCACUGAGAGCGACCCAAGUCUGCUUUUCUACCACGCGCGAACAGAAGGUCUCGUCCACGAGUUGAAUACUGAGAACGAAAUCUUGUUCCAGCAACUUCGCGUGGAUGAAGUCUUGAGUAGGACACCUGCCUUUGAGGUACUUGGCGCUCUGGACCCGAGCACGGCUGCAAUUUUGCUGUUUACAAGCGGCUCAACGGGAAAGCCCAAGGGUAUCAUGCUCACACAAGGUAAUUUUGCCAACCACAUUGCCUUGAAGACACAUGGCCUUGACCUGGGUCGGGAGAGCGUGCUCCAACAAAGCUCUCUAGGCUUUGACAUGUCGUUGAUACAAACAUUCUGUGCCCUGGCCAAUGGUGGACAUUUGGUCAUGGCAUCUCACGAUGCGAGACGGGACCCAGUAGAACUAGUGAAUCUGCUCCGCAACCAUCGUAUUUCGCUAACAAUCGCCACGCCAUCCGAGUAUUCGACAUGGAUGCGCUAUGGAUCCACCUCGCUACAAGAUCAUGUUGCGUGGACGAAUGCGUGUAUGGGCGGUGAGCCCGUCACAGCCAGCUUGAAACGAGAUUUCCGCCGACUCAACCUCAAUCUCCGACUUACCAACUGCUAUGGUCCCACAGAAAUCACCGCUGCGGCGACAUUCCAGCCAAUCCGCCUGGAUGAGGACCAUGACUUUGGAGAGGAUGAGGCCGACGAACAGUAUUGCAGAGCCAGAUACGCAGUGGGCAGAGCACUGCCAAAUUACAGUGUCCGGGUCGUCGACAGUGCAGGACGCCCUCAACCCGUGAACCACACUGGUGAAAUAUGUGUUGGCGGAUCUGGCUUGGCCCUAGGUUAUCUCGGUUUGCCGGAACAGAAUCGCACCAAGUUCUUGGUGGAUCCACUGACGGGCGAGCGUCUAUACCGUACUGGCGACCAGGGACGUCUGCUGUCGGAUGGCACACUGCUAUGUUUUGGCAGGAUUGACGGCGACUCGCAAGUCAAGUUGCGUGGUCUGCGGAUUGAGCUACAGGAGGUCGAAACAGCUUUGCUUAAGGCUUCCAAUGGCCUGCUCGCAGAUGUUGUAGUGUCCAAGCGAGGGGAGUCACUUGUGGCACACGCAGCGGUCAAGCCAGACAGCCAACACAUGGUCAACGAUGCGGUGCUGAGAGACAUUCUUCGCCGUAUGAAGCUACCGCAGUACUUCAUCCCAGCCACUAUCGUUGUUCUCCCCUCGCUUCCGACCAACGCCAAUGGGAAGCUCGAUCGAAAGGCCGUCGCAAACCUGCCUCUUCUCUCUGCUCAAGGAGAUGAGGGAGGUUCACAGGAAAGCAUGAACAUACGCGAAGGGGAGCUGCGACUGCUAUGGGAGCGCGUGCUCUCUGGAACCGCCACAGCAGGACACCGCAUCACGCCAUCAUCUGACUUCUUCCUUCUCGGCGGCAACUCCAUGCUCCUCAUGCGCCUGCAGGCCACUAUCCGCGAGUCCAUGGGUGUCAAGAUUUCGACGCGCAUUCUCUAUCGUGAAAGCACUUUGUCCGCGAUGGCGCAGGCCAUAUUCGAUCUUCGCGAGGCGGAAGCUGAGAUUGACGGGGACCCUGAAGAUAUUGAUUGGGCAAUGGAGACCGCUGUGCCAGACUUUGUAAAACAUCAGGCAGUUUCGAAUGUCGAGGAAAUCGAUACUGUGACCAAGGCCAACAACAACGGUCUCGAGGUUGUGUUGACUGGGGCUACGAGCUUCCUUGGGAGUGUACUUUUGGACAAACUCUUGCAAUCACCAACAGUGCACGUUGUGCACUGCAUUGCUGUACCUGCCGAUGACGAGCAUCUCCUAACUUACGAGAAGCACAGCAGAGUUCGCUGUUAUACAGGUAGCCUGGCCGAGCCGAGUCUGGGACUCAACACCCCAGAGUAUGCCUUGCUGCAGCAAAACGCCGAUGUCAUCAUCCACGCAGGAUCCAAUGGACAUUGCCUGAACAAUUACGCAACACUACAGGCACCCAAUGUUGGAUCAACACAACGGCUCGCCGCCCUCGCACUUCCCCGCGCAGUACCAUUGCUGUUUGUCUCGUCGAACCGAGUCUCCUUAUUAAAAGGCAGCACGGAACAGCUACCAGAGUCGCUUGCCGCACACCCGCCACCUGUUGAUGGUCGCGAAGGGUACACAGUCAGCAAGUGGGCGGCAGAGGUGUUCUUGGAGAACACGGCACGGUACCACAAUGAGAUCAGUCGGGGGCGACAAGGAAAGAAAUGGACAGCGGCGGUGCACAGACCCUGCAUCCUGGUGGGCGACCAGGCGCCCAACUCGGACUCCAUGAACGCCAUCCUGCGCUUCUCGCUUCUGAUGCGCUGCGUGCCGACAAUCAGACGAGGACGUGGAUACAUUGACUUUGCGCCGGUGGAAAACGUGGCAGAUGAGUUGGUCGAAGCGGCGCUGCAGAUGGCGAGACGCGAGCAGGACGCGAACAGCAGCACUGUGCUCUUCCGACACCACUCAAGCAAGACAAAGGUGCCGGUCAACGAGUUUGCUGCGCGCUUGGAGGAGCUUUACGGAGGCCACUUUGACGCCGUUGACAUGCGGGAGUGGAUCAAGCGGGCGACUGCUGCGGGCAUUGAUCCCUUGAUCACGGCGUAUUUGGAUGGCGUUUUGGAUACGGACGAGGAGUUGGUGUUUCCCUACCUUGGGUCCGAGUGA